GUAAAACACACUACUACAGCACUUCCCUCUACACAGUCGCAGUCAACGACAAAAAGGCCAUCAAGCGAGGGGCAGGGAAGCUUUCUCUCACAAAAUGCUGGCAUUGCAAAAUUGAUACUGAGCAAUAGGAACCGCAAAAUGUCUGGCGAGCGCGCAAGCGGUUUGCUUGCAGCUUAUCCGCAGCAGCCCGGCGACGUCGCCUGCUUGUCUUUAAAUCAACAAAACACCACAGCACGUGCUCAGGAGUCAACAACAACACAGCGCUACACAUGCAUCGGCUGCCUUGACGAGCUGCCCGAGUCCGAGCUGCAGUGCGCCACAGUCAACCUGCAGCUGCCCCAUCAGGCCGCCUCGGCCGCACGCCCCCACAACCGCCCCGCCGCGGCGAGUACCGGGCAAUCACACCUGCCGCCAAGGAUAACUGCCGGCGGCGGCCAUGGCAGCACGCCGACCCUUGCUGAGCCGUCGGGCCCCUCUGCCUCCUCCUCCGUCCUGUCAGCGACCACCGCCACAGCCAGCGCCGCCGACGCGGAUGUGUCAGCUGCUGCAGACCCGGACUGGAUCGUCUUGAUGCGUCCAAGUUGUCCGGACCCCUCCAUCACUGCUGCUACUACUACCGGCACCUCCACACCCCCAACCCCACCCCCAGCACCAACGCCGCUGCCACCUCCACCACCUGCCAUAACAGCAGCAACCGCAACCGCCGCCACAGCAGUGGCGUCGUCAUCUGCAACCGCUGCAACCGCUGCAACCACUGCGGCGACGGCGCCAACCACCAACGGCAGCGGCUGCGGCCACUGGCUGUGUGCUCCCUGCCUGACCACCUACGUGGCAGGGGCGGUGCGCGAGCGGCGGCGCUGGCCACUGCGCUGCCCGCUCGCGGUGCCGCCGCCGCCGCCACCGCCACAACCGCCACGGGCGGCCCAGCCGCGGGGUGUCGCCGUCACGUCCAACGAUGCGGCGGCGGCGGCGGUAGCGGCGGCGGCAGAGGCGGCAGCGGUGGCGGCGGCGGCUAGCGGUUCGGCGGCUUCUCCUGCAGGCGGUGGAGGCGGCGAAGGCGGCGGAGAUGGAGGCGGAGGCGGAGGGGGCUGUGGGUGGGCCCUGGCGCGGGAGCAGGUGCUGGGGGCUCUGGUGAUGUACCCGCCGCUGCAGCAGGUUUUCGAGUUGAUGGAAGCCGAGGCGGUUGCGGUGGCGGCGGAGGACAGCAGUAGCAGCGGCAGCAGCAGCGGAUUGCAGCAAUACGGCAGUAGCAGCAGGUGUCGUGUGAUCUACUGCCCACACCGCGACUGCUCCUGCCCACUACUACUGCCGGCAAGUGGCGAAACUGCUGCUGCCGCUGCUGGCGGCAGCGGCGGCGCCAGUGGCGGUGGCGGUCGCAAUGGCAUUGUCAGUAGUGGCGGCGACAGUAGCAUACGAGCGACUGCUACUGCUGCAGCCGCCGCCGCUGCGGCUUGGUUGGUUCCGAGCGCCUCCAGCACCUCCUCCCGCCCAUCAUCCUACCCCAUCGCCGCAUCUGGCAGUAGCAGCAGUAGCAGCAACAGCAGCAGCAGCAGUAGCAGCAACAGCAGCCUCGAUCUUGGCCCCGACAAGGACAUGGAAAAUCACGCGUACGACAAGGGCAAUGAUAAUGGCGAGGGUGGCGGACCACAUGACGGCCCCGCCACCUGCUACGCCUGCUGGCGCGUGUUCUGCCCCUCCUGCCUCUCGCCCGGCUGGCACCACGGCUUCAGCUGCGCCGCCUACGCCGCGCUGCCCGCCGCCCUGCGCAGCCUGGAGGACGCGGCGCUGCUGCGGCUGGGCGCCGCCCGCGGCUGGCGGCGCUGCCCCGCCUGCAGGCAGAUGGUGGAGCGGGCCGGCGGCUGCAACCACAUGCGCUGCAGGUGUGGCGCGUCAUUCUGCUACGCAUGCGGUGAGGGGUGUGACAUGGAGGAGCCAGCUGUAGCAGCAGCAGCAGCGGCGGCGGCGGCGGCGCUGCAGCCGCAGCGGCCGGCGGCGCCAUGGCGGCCGCCGCAGCUACAGCCCCCACCAACAGCAGCCGCUGCGACGAGGGCGGCGGGUGCGGUGGUGGGUGUGGCGGGAGGAGGGCGGGCCUCGGCAUCGGCAUCAACACCAGCACAGGGCCAGGGGCAACAACAGGGGCAACACCAGGGGCAACACCAGGGGCAACACCAGGGGCAGCAGCAGCAGCAGCAGCAGCAGCAGCAGCGGCAGCAGCAGCAGCAGUUGGGCAUUGCUACAGCCCUGCCGGUUGCCGAUCAGCAGCAGCAGCAGCAGCAGCAGCAGCAGCAGCCGGCGCUCGCUAUGGUGGCUGUGCUGCGCUGCGCCUGCCCCCUGUUUGACGUGCCGCAAGAAGAGCGUGGUGAUGGAGGUGGAAGAGGGGUGGCGGGCGGCGGCGGCGGCCGCGGCGGCGGUUUCGGUUUUGGUUUGAGGCUGUUUGGGGAUGACGCGAAUCGGCGGGGCUGGGCGGUGCUGAGGGGCUUGCUAGGCGAGGCGGCGGAGGCCGCAGCGCACGCCUCAGAGGCCGGUUUGGAGCGUGGCUUGGUGGUGGCAGGGCUGUUGCUGACGGUGAUGGUGACAGGGCUGAGGGUGGCGGAGGCGGCGGGUGCGGCGGGGAGGAAGCCGAGGAGAGGUGUUGGGGAGGCGGAGGUGGCCGUGUGUGCGAGGUGGGCGGCAGCGGCGGUGCUGCGCGCAUCGGCGGUGGUGGUGGUGGCGGGGUCUGGGCUGGCGCUGGCAGGGGUGUUGGUGCUGUGUGGGUGCGCGGUGGUGGUGCUGGCGGGGGCACAGGCGGUGGUGUGGGUGGCGCGCCGAGGUGGGGCCACCGCCUGAGGUAGGGACGAACGCGCAACGAGGCAUGGGUUUUGGGCGCGGGUUGUUUUCAUCCAUACGGG